ACAGUUCGAUAACUUUAUACGUUUUUUCUGCAACAUUGUAGCGCUUUCAACGGUCUCGUGCUAAUAAGCGAAAAGGCACGGUUUCCACGCAUGCGCAAUUGCACAUUUUACAGCCCCUGUAAGCUAGCAGGUUAGCCUGUUGGCUCUCAAGAUAUAUUGAAAUAAGUUAUUUUAGCCGUUUUCUAUUAUUAUUUGGUUGGGAUUUCGUUAUUGGCUGUCGCUAAGACGAGUCAUGGAUUUCUCGUCGUGCAUGAUGAUGUCUCCGAACAGAAUGCUAGACCGUUUUCAGUCCAUUUAUGUCGCUAACCAGCUAAUGUAGUUUACUGAAAUGUAUGUUUGGUAGACGAUUAUCGCUUCAUUAGUUUCCUUUUUGUUUUUGAAAUGGAUGAAAAAGAGGAGGUAUUGCACGGACUUGAAAAGACUGGAUGGCAAAACAGUUCUCAUCACUGGUGGCAAUGCUCUGGCAUCGGCAAAGAGACAGCUGUUGCCUUGGCGAUGCCAGGUGCCCGUGUCAUCAUAGCGUGCCGUGACGUGGACAAGGCUUAGAAGGCAGUUAGGAAGAUCAGGGUUCACAACAUUAAUGUUCUUCACAUGGAGCUGGACCUGGCCAACAUGCGCUCCAUAAGGGACUUCUGUAAGACCUUCCUACAGAGGGAGAAGAGAAUGGACAUCCUCAUCAAUAAUGCAGAGCAGCUGGACAUAUCACUACUCCAUAAUUUUCCGUAUGCUGAUGCAGGCCAUCAUGUUUAUGUUCUUCGUGCCGUGUGAGACAGGCGCUCAGACCGUGGUGCACUGCGCCGUGUCGGACGAGGCUGCCAAGCUCAGCGGGGGAUACUUCACUGACUGAAGGCCCGCCACGCUGAGGCCUUUCGCCAGGGACGCCGAUGUGGCCAAGAAACUGUGGGAGGCCAGCGAGAGGCUGGUCAAACUGGCCUGAGAAACUGGAAUGAUUAAAUGAAACUGAAGCUUUCCAAGCAAGCAAUGUGUGGGAAUCUCAUAUUUUGGUCAAACAAGCCAAAAAUGUAUUUUGUUUUUGUUUUGUUCUUAAUGAUUUCUUGUUGUUUUUUAAUAACUAUUUGUUUUCGGGGGACCUUUACUUCCAUAAGUAUUCAGAGGGUGGGGGUUUAUUUUGUACAACACUAGACAACACAGACAACCAGGGGUUUAAAACAUCUGACACUUGAAGGUUUAUGAAUACAACCCUCAACACAAUGCCACAAUCUAACACCACCAUCUACAGGAAAAAAGCAGGUGCUGGAAUUUAGAUUUUGUUGACCUGUGAGAGCAAUAAGUGGAACUGAAAGUAAAUGUUUGACAUUGCUUAUAAGAGUCGAGUCGCCAUUUCAGGGUGUGAUCAUUACAGAGACGUCUCCGGAUCAACUGGAAUAAUCACAUUUCUUAUUUAAUUUUACUUGAUAUUUUAGUCAUAUAAAGUGGUGGUUGUUCUAGUGUUUUGAAAAUCAAAGUAUACUAGGAUACUGAAAGAAGAUGGCAGAUAGUUACCUGGAUAGUUACCUGUGCUGCCAUAUUUGUUCAGAGACUUUCAGAGAGCCUGUUUCUCUGGGCUGCCACCACAGCUUCUGUUCCAGCUGCCUGGACAAAUUCUGGGUUGAGACCAAAAACAAGAACUGUCCGGUAUGCAAGAGGAAAUCUUCUAAGGAUAAUCCAAAAGUUAACUUUCAGUUGAAGGAACUGUCUGACAAAUAUGCCGGGAGAGAGAAAGCAGGGGAUAAAGAGUGCAUUCCAGAUGAAGACAGAGAGGUGGUUUGUACUAAACACACAGAUGAACCUAAAUGGUUCUGUGAGGUGGAACAGAGAGCUGUGUGUCACGUCUGUGAGUUUCCUGCACAUCACGGACACACUGUCAUUCCCUUAAAACAGGCAGUGAAAGACCUGAAGGAAAAACUAACAUCAGACUUAGACUCACUGCAGAGCAAACAGGUUAAAUGCAAAGACAUUGAGAAGAAAUACAGCAAAGUGGUGCAAUACUCCAAGAAGCAGCUGGUAUCCACAGAGAGACAGAUCAGAGGGGAGUUUGAGAAGCUUCAUCAGUUCCUGAAAAAGGAAGAGGAGGCCAGACUGGCUGCACUGAGGGAGGAAGAGGAGGAGAAGGGAAAGAUGAUUGCCAGAGAGAUUAAGAACAUUCAGGACCAGAUCUCUUCUCUCACAGAAAGCAUCACUGCUUUGAAACAAGAACUCCAGAAAAGAGAGGUGCCAUUUCUCAAGAGCUACAAACACAUCCAGAGAAGUUCCAGAGCCCAGUACACACUGCUGGAUCCACAGCUGGUCUCAGGAGCGCUGAUAGAUGUGGCCAAACACUUGGGCAACCUGCAGUUCAGAGUCUGGGAGAAGAUACAGGGGAUUGUCAAAUACACUCCUGUGAUUCUGGACCCCAACACUGCUGCCCGCUGGCUCUCUCUGUCUGAUGAUCUGACCAGUGUGAGCCAGACAGGCCCAAUACAGCAGCUCCCUGACAACCCAGAGAGGAGCACAAAGUAUGCCACAGUUCUGGGCUCUGAGGGGUUCAGCUCAGGAAAACACAGCUGGGAGGUGGAGGUGGGGGACCACCCUUACUGGUAUAUAGGCGCAUCAACUUCAAACCCAGACAAUGCAUCGUUCAAUAUUCAUCUUGUUAAUGGUAAAUAUAGGGUUGGAGGUGGGACCAUCACUCUGAAGGGGAGACCCCAGAAGAUCAGAGUACAGCUGGACUAUGACAGGGGAGAGGUGUCCUUCUACGAUACCAAAGACAUGACACACAUCUAUACUUUGAAAGAAACAUUUACUGAGAGAAUGUACCCACGCUUCUCUAUUGGACAGGCUGGUGAUGCCAACCACCCCAAUAUACAGAUCUGCCAAUCAGAGGUGUCUCUGACAGUGAUGUCAUCCCAGUGAGGUAUGUGUGUGUGUUUGUGAGAGAGAGAGAGAUUAGGGAAAGGGGUAUACCUAGUCAGUUGUACAACUGAAUGCAUUCAACUGAAAUGUGUCUUCCCCAUAUAACCCAUCCCCUCUGGAUCAGAGAGGUGCGGGGGGCUGCCUUAAUAGACAUCCACGUCAUCAGCGCCCGGGGAACAGUGGG